UAGGGCUCAGCUAUAGGCUAAAAUACCAUGCACAGCAGGUGGAUUACCUCAUUGCCGCGGGGGGUGAUGGUAAACGACAAUUCAGCUCACUCAUAUCGCCAUCAACACUCAGAGAGAAUGCUGCGCUGGAUGGCGGACAAAUUCAACCAUGGUUAGAUGGUUUGCGACCAUCAGAUCUGCAAUUUGUGCAUUCCGGUCGAUGAGUGCAGCCUACGAACGUUUAGGGAUGGCCACAACAUGGCAGAAAAUCCAACUGUUCUACCAAGGGGUGCUAGAUAAUGGAGACAAAAGAACUGACAGCUGGUUGCUGGUGUACUCACCUGUGCCAAUCACUUGCAUCUUCCUGUGCUACCUGCUCCUAAUAUGGGUGGGCCCCAAGCUGAUGGCUCAGAGACAGCCAGUCAACCUCAAGCCUGUGCUCAUCAUUUACAACUUUGCUAUGGUCUGCCUGUCUGCCUACAUGUUCUAUGAGUUCACAGCGUCAUCCUGGUUGGCAAAUUAUAGUAUAUUAUGUCAGCCUGUGGACUACAACACCAGCCCACUGGCAAUGCGGAUGGCCACGGUCUGCUGGUGGUUCUUCUUCUCCAAAGUCAUCGAGCUCAGUGACACUCUUUUCUUCAUCCUGAGGAAGAAGAACAGUCAGCUGACGUUCCUGCAUGUCUACCACCACGGCACCAUGAUCUUCAACUGGUGGGCUGGGGUCAAAUACGUGGCAGGAGGCCAGUCCUUCCUUAUAGGCCUUAUCAACUCAUUGGUGCAUGUGGUGAUGUAUCUAUACUAUGGGCUGGCAGCGCUGGGGCCUCACAUGCAGCAGUAUCUGUGGUGGAAGCGCUACCUCACCUCCCUGCAGCUGCUCCAGUUUUUCAUAGUGACCAUCCACACCAGCUACAACCUGUUCACUGACUGCGACUUCCCAGACUCCAUGAAUGCUGUGGUGUUUGCCUACUCCCUCAGCCUCAUCGUACUCUUCAGAAACUUCUACUAUCAGAGCUACCUCACCAAGAAGAGCAAACAGACAUGAGACACGGAUGUAGAGGCAAUUAUUACUUAUUUUAUUAAAUUGGUCAUGUAUGUUUUUUAAAUAUUUAUUGACCCAUCACGUUUAAGUAAAACAGGUCUCUAUCCGCUGGACAUAAGCUUCUGUUUGUUUCUGUUCCAGCCUCCCCUCCAACCAUUAGAGUAGCACACACACACUCAGGGAGAGCUAGCCCUCUCCCAUUCCCUCCCAUCCCCCCUUAGGUCAUUAGGGAUGAAGUCCCAGCCACGCUCUGGCGACUCUGCCAAAUUGAAAUAAACCUGAGCAGGCCUCCUGCUCUUCACUCCACUUAUUUAUCUAAUCUCUCUCUGUGACACUUCAUUUGUCUUCGGAGUCAUUGGCUGAGAGGUUAGCCAAUCGCAAGUCAGCUGGCAGUCUAAAACCGCACCCUGUGCCCCUCCUACUCUCUCCCUCUCUGACUCUGUUCUGUGAGUCCCAAUAACUCAACUAGGUGAACCGAACAAGUGUGCUCGCAUACUCCCUUAGAAGACUUUUGCUU